ACUCAGAAAGCAUAGGCAGGUGGAUCUCAGUGAGUUCGAGGCCAGUUUGAUCUCCUGAGCUGAAUUCCAGGACAGCCACAGCUACAGAAACAAAAUUCCAGAAAACCCUUGUAGGUCUGAGCUCCGUCUCUGGGGCCUGGUCUCGGUCCUGUAUUGCCUGCUUGCAGCCUGGUUCUUGAGCCCGACAAAGACAGCACAGAAGACUCCUGGAACUCAAAGGCAGAGGCAGUGUUUCUUGCCGGAGCGCUCUCCCCGGUUCUCCCGGAAGCGGUGCCUGGGUAGCGGUGUCUGCAGCCAUGGACGUGGAGCAGAUGAAAGCAUUCACAGACCGCUGUUCUCAGUGUGCCGCUGUCUCCUGGGGCCUUACUGAUGAAGGCAAAUACUAUUGUACCUCCUGCCACAAUGUCACAGAUCGAUCCGAGGAAGUCGUGAGCACCGCAGUUAUCCCUAACACCAAGAUCAACUCCAUUAGCAGGGGCCUGAGACAGAGAAGCAAGCAUGAGAAAGGCUGGGAUUGGUACGUGUGCGAAGGCUUCCAGUGCAUACUUUAUCACCAGGCAGAAGCCCUGGAGACCCUCGGAGUAAGCCCAGAACUAAAGAAUGAAGUCUUGCACAGUUUUUGGAAGCGCUACCUUCAGAAGAGCAAGCAGGCCUAUUGUAAAAACCCAGUUCGCACAAGUGGAAGGAAAGCCAAGGUAUUAGAAGACAAUCUGCAGUCCUCAGACUGGGGCAGUGAUUUUGAGCUGCUCAGUGACACCACAUGUCCUCCUGAAAGUGGAGCAGAGUUCCAGUCUGACUCCCAGACUCCAAAGCCUUUCCCUGCCACCAAACGAUCAUCAAAGUCAGCAUCCGUCUGCUCUGGAUCUGUUGAUGGAGUGGAGUACUCAGAGCGGAAGGAGAAGGGGCUCCUGAAGAUGACUGUGCCCAGGACACUUGCCCUCUGCUAUCUGUCCUUGCUCUGGCAGAGAGAAACAAUUACACUUUCAGACCUUUUGAGGUUUGUUGAAGAGGAUCAUAUUCCAUACAUAAAUGCUUUUAAGGUCUUUCCAGAGGAGAUGAAAGUAUAUGGUCGAGACAAAGGCAUCUUUGCUGUCGAGUCUUGGCCUGACUAUGAAGACAUCUAUAAAAACAUGAUUGAAAUUGCCGUGUUUUUAGAUUUGCCUCGUUUCCCAGACAUAACUGAAGACUGCUACCUCCAUCCCAACACCUUGUGUAUGAAAUACUUACUGGAGGUCAAUCUCCCUGAGGAAAUGCACACUUUAACCUGCCAAGUAGUAAAGCUGACUGGAAUUGGAGAAGUAGAUUUUCUGACGUUUGAUCCUAUAGCUAAGAUGACAAGGACAGUCAAACAUGAUGUGCAGGCUGUGGCUGUCAUCGUGGUUGUGUUGAAGCUGCUGUUUCUGCUGGACGACAAGCUGGAAUGGUCUUACUCAGAUCUUGCUGAAGCAUAUAACGAAGGACACAGAGAAGAAACUCCGCAGUUUGAUUUCAGAAAAUGGUACCAAGUUAUGAAGAAAACUUUUGAUGAGAAAAGACGAAAAUGGGAAGAAGCAAGGGCCAAGUAUGUUUGGAAAACCAAAAGGCCACUCUACCGUUCACACAUCGAUAAGUCAGUCGCAUAUAAGAGAAGAGAAAUGGUGGAGAAUCUUCAGAAACAGUUUAGUGCCCUGAUUGGUUCAGCACCCAUGGUGGAAAAGCAGGCCCCUUCAAGUUUUCAGCUCAACUGGACUGGAGAAGGCACUGGUAGCCCUUGUUUCCAUGGACACAGCCUCCAGGGGCUCCUGAUAUCGAAAGGCCAGGCCUUGAUAACCAAGAACUCCCUGUACUGGCUCAGUACCCACAAGUUCUGUAAAAGCUAUUGUAAACAUGUGACAACUUACGAAGAAUCAAAUUUUUCUUUGAGUUACCAGUUUAUACUAAACAUUUUCUCCUUCUUACUGAGAAUAAAGACCUCUGCUCUCCAUGAAGAAGUGAGCCUACUUGAAAAGAAACUUUUUGAAAAAAAAUACAAUGAAUCAAAAAGGAGCUCAAGAUCCAAGAAAGUGAGAAGACAUUGAGAAGCCAGAGGGGCUUGCUCUGAAUGGUGCACUAUUGGAUAAUGAUGUCUUAGUACUAUGUUCCAGGGAACUAUGUAAAGUCUAUUGUUGGACAGGCAUACAUUUUGACACGUGUCUUUAUAUGCAUUGUAAAAUAGGUGAACUUUGAAUUAUUUUCAUGAACACUUUUUUCAGAAAAUUAAAAUAUUAUAUAAAUGAUA